AGCCUCGCCGAGGGCUGCCGAAGAGGCACCGUGACGUCAUGUUGGAGCAGAAGAGAUAAGACAGAGGAAGGGUACUCUGUUUCCUGGUGUACGAUCGCGGAGCUAGAAUUACUCGCGCGUCCCAUCGGUUUCGCGUAUCUCGAAGAUGUCGUACGCGUAUCUGUUCAAGUAUAUCAUUAUCGGGGACACAGGAGUUGGAAAGUCCUGUCUCCUUCUGCAAUUUACGGACAAGAGAUUUCAGCCAGUCCAUGACUUGACAAUAGGAGUCGAGUUUGGAGCUCGCAUGAUUACCAUUGAUAGCAAGCAAAUUAAAUUGCAGAUUUGGGAUACUGCAGGUCAAGAGGCAUUUCGUUCUAUAACAAGGUCAUAUUAUCGAGGAGCAGCUGGAGCUCUAUUGGUGUAUGACAUUACACGUAGGGAAACCUUUAACCAUCUUACAACAUGGUUGGAAGAUGCAAGGCAACAUUCAAAUUCCAAUAUGGUUAUCAUGUUAAUUGGCAACAAAAGUGAUUUGGAUAGUCGAAGAGAAGUGAGGAGAGAGGAAGGUGAAGCUUUUGCACGAGAACAUGGUCUUGUCUUUAUGGAGACUAGUGCUAAGACUGCAGCCAAUGUAGAAGAAGCAUUCAUCAAUACUGCUAAAGAAAUAUAUGAAAAGAUACAGGAGGGAGUCUUUGAUAUCAAUAAUGAGGCAAAUGGUAUUAAGAUUGGACCACAACAUUCGCCAACAAGUCCUGGAGGUUUAGCAGGAACUGGUGGACAAGGUAGUGCGCAAGGUGGUGGGUGCUGCUAGGGGCUGGGGCUUAUCUGUCCACCGCUUCAUCCUUCUCCGAUCUGAAUUGACCUGAACUCCUGAUCUUUAUUUUAAUCUGAACACUUUGUACAAUUUAAUUCUGCGCAUGCCGUGUCAUGAGGUAACAAACGAUAAUUGAUGUAUUUAUUAGUUGAAAUUAUCUUAUACACGUAAUAAAUAGAUAGGAUUAUUGUAAGACGAAAAUGUUAUAAUCACUAAAAUCAUGAAGCAUAAAUAAAGUCUUUAUUUACAAA